GUGUGAGAGACCAAACGUACAGUUAUGUUCUCAGUCUAGGGUUUUAAUUAUCUCUCUAGCUACGAUGAGCUAAUGCAAAAAAAUUUAGCACACUUUGUUCAGUAUCCAAAAGGCAUUGAAGUCUGGCUGCUAUCACACACGUGUUAAUUGUUUGAGGUUAACUGUGUGCUGUUAAGGAAAACGACACAAAAGAAAGCAGUGUGAAAUGUACAUAUGUGUUAUGUGAUCGUUCUGUGUUGUAUCAUUAUAAAACUAAACCUUACAUUCGUUGUUAAGAGAUAACCGGUAUAAGGUGAACAUUGACCCCUCCCCACUACCUCUUAUAUAACUGAGAUUUUUGGUAUUGUUCAUAUCUAACCUCAGCCUGUGAAACUGCAUCAUUACUCCACAAUCAUGAGCAGCAAAGUGCAGACAGUUCUGGGGUUAAUUUCACCUGAAGAAUUGGGGAUAACAUUGACUCAUGAACACUUUUCGAUGGAUUUUCAGCAGCUAUAUGUUGAACCACCAGAGCAACUUAAGUCAUUCUUUGAAAAUAAAAUAUCACUUGAGAAUGUUGGAUUUAUCAAACAAUAUCCGUACAGUAGUAAAUACAACUGCAUAUUUAAUGAUGCUGAAACUCAUGCAGCAGUUCUGCAUGAGAUGAAACUGUACAAAGAGUUUGGAGGUGGGACAGUUGUAGAGAAUUCGAGCCAUGGUCUACAGAGAAAUAUGAAGUUCCUUAGAGAAGUUAGUGAAAGGACAGGAAUACAUGUCAUUGCUGGUACAGGUCAUUACAUCUACUUUGUUCAGCCUCCAAGUGUGUUGGCACUGUCAAAGGAAGAAAUGUGCAGCUUAAUGGUUAACGAACUCACAACUGGCUGUGUAGACCAACCCGAUGUUAAAUGUGGAUUCAUUGGAGAAGUCGGAAGUGGAUGGCCACUUCAUGAGUUUGAAAAGCGAGCAAUCAUAGCCACUGGAGAAGUGCAAGCUCAGCUGGGAUGUCCUGUCAGCUUCCACCCAGGAAGACACCCAGAAGCUCCUUUUGAAAUAAUCCGUUUGUUCCAAGAAGCUGGUGGAGAUGUCAAGAAGACAGUCAUGUCACAUCUUGACCGGACAAUGUCUAAGAAUGAGGAAAUAUUAGAGUUCUCCAAUCUGGGAACCUACUGUCAGUUUGAUUUAUUUGGGACUGAAUGCUCAUUGUAUCAGAUGAGCCUUUCAACAGACAUGCCUUCUGAUGCACAGAGAAUGGACAAAGUGAUUUCUCUUAUUGAGGCAGGCAAAGAAGACAGAAUUCUUAUAGCCCAUGAUAUUCAUACAAAACACAGACUGAUCAAAUUUGGUGGCCAUGGAUACUCACACAUCCUCAACAACGUCUUACCAAAGAUGAAAACAAAAGGAAUUUCUCAGGCAAUGAUUGACAAGAUUACAAUAGAAAAUCCUAAAACAUGGCUUGCUUACAGGCAAAAGUAGUAGCUCUGUACAGACCUUGGGUGAUGGUAAAGGAAGAAUUUCCCUUAGAAAAGCUUUAAUUUUACUUCUAUACAUGUCAUGGAAAUAUAGUAAAAUUUCUUGUAUUAUUCCCUUAUUUUUAGCAUAAAUGGUCCAGCAAGAAAGUGAGAUUACUGCAUCUUUUGGACCUAUAAUUAUUGCUGCUCAUAUUAGUCACUGUGGAAGAAUAACAUUAAGUUUUUAACAAAUGUUAAUAGCCAUCUGAUAUGGCCCAAUAUAGAGCAUGGUAAUGGGAGUAAGGGUGGGUUUGUUGAGCAUGGGGUAACUCCACAUGAAUGUCUUCAACGUCAAAGUGAAGGAAAAAAUACAACUGGAAAUGAACAUAGUUGGUAUUGGCACUGAAAAGGCUAAAUGUUAUUUGUGAUUUAAUUUAAAGUAACAAAUAAAGUAAAGAACACUGAUGUUU